AUGGGAAGAGAACACAAAAAACAUAAAAAAGACCGAAAACGACAUCGUUCGCGCUCGAGGUCUUCAACGACAGAUUCUGAUGAUGAGCGAAGAUUUGAAGCCAAGGGAAAAGAACAGAAAAGACAUAAAAAGGACAAAAAAAGACGUCGUUCUCCUUCGAGGUCUUCAUCGGCAGAUUCAUCAGAUGAGGAGAGAAGAUUUGAUAAAAAUCUUGAAGAGCAAAGACAACUCAAAAAGGCUCAACUACGUCGUCAAAAAGAAGAAAUGAAGGCAAAAGAGACGCCCGAGGAAAAGAAGGCUCGUCGAAUGGCAAAAAAGAUGCAGAAAGAUGAAAAAAGAAGAGCGGCAGAAGCAGAGGACACUUUGAUUCCACCUGAACUCAAUUAUACAAAUCUCAACAAUCCGUUCAACGACACGAAGCUCACUACAACAUUCGUUUGGGGCAAAAAGUUGGAGAAAGAAGGAAGAAGUGGACUAACGCAGGAUCAAAUAACUAAAGAAGCGAGCCAGAGAAUUCGAAAAAAUCUAACUGAAGCUGCAGAAUUCAAGCGCAUUCGUGAUUCACGAGCCGCUGUCAAGGAGGAUAUGGAAAUGAUGAAACGAGAUGCAGAUCUACGUGCUAGUCAGAAAACCGAUUCAAAGGAACGCGAAUUUCAACUGGACCAAGUCAAAGAGAGAACCCGAAUUCGUAUUGAUCAGGGAAGGGCCAAAGCCAUCGAUCUGCUUUCUCGCUAUAUUCGAUACGCAGGAGAAAAUUUUAGCCCAACUGCUAGUCCUGAUUUUGAGCUCGUGAAUCCUAUUGAAUACAUUCGAACUACAUGUAAAUCUAUAGAUGAUUUCGAGGAUUUGCUAGAGGAUAUCAGUACUUAUCGAGAACUGGAUGGACGGGAGAGACACGAAGUAUGGUGGAAUGAUGUGACGCAAGUGGUUGAAGACGAGAUGAAAAAGAAGAAUUCACAACGGAGAGGCGAAGUUCAUUCCAUACUUGAUAAAGAUGUUAUUGAGUCAUUUAAGGAUCAGUCUAUCAGCCAACUCGAAGCUUUGGAAAUUAAAAUUGCCGGCAGACUGCGAGAUCAAAGCAACAAAGAAUUCUGGCUGGACAUGGAGCAUCAGUGUAAAUCUUUCCUCUCUCGGAAACGACUUCGUGAGAAUCACAAUAAAGUCAUGCGUAACCAGCUGCUAAGAAUUCGUGAAGAUAAUAGACGAGACAUUCAGUCAGCCACGGAGAAUAUGCCAAUAAUGAUGGAGACUCCUCAAGUUAAAAGAAUCAAAAGUGAAGAAGAUGAAGAAGAGGAUGACGAUGACGAUGAGAAGCUGUCGAAGAAGGUUAGAAGGAAGAUUGAUGUGAAAUCGUUGGAUGAUCCAGAACUUGAUGAGCAAGAAAGGGAGAGAAAAUGGAGAGCUCUGACUGAGGAUCAGUUGGAAGACGUCACUCUAGAACUAUACCGUUUAGGAUCAUUCAGUCCACCGUAUAACAGUUUCGACGACACUAUGCCUGGAAUCGAAGUGGUUGACGCUCAAUCGGACAUGGAGAGCUUGAUGGCGAAACGGAGUAGAAAUCGUGGAGAAGUUCCAACGUCUUCUGCUGAAGCUUCUUCUGCUCCUGACUCCAGAAUGUUGGCUAUUGCUCGUCAAGGAAUGGAGGGAGAUGAAUCAAUGUUCUCUGUGGAAGAGCAGCUUGAGACCCAGAAACAUUUGUGGUCCGACAAGUAUCGUCCGCGUAAACCGACAUAUUUGAACCGCGUCCAAACUGGUUUCGACUGGAACAAGUACAAUCAGACUCACUACGAUCAGGACAAUCCGCCGCCAAAGAUUGUGCAGGGAUACAAGUUUAAUAUCUUCUAUCCGGAUCUACUGGAUGUCACUCAAACACCAACGUUCACCAUCACCCCAUGCGACGAUAAGGACUUUGCCAUCAUACGCUUCAAGUCAGGACCUCCAUACGAAGAUAUUGCGUUCAAAGUUGUAAAUCGCGAAUGGGAGACUCUUCACAAGAACGGAUACAAGUGUCAGUUCCAGAAUGGCGUCUUUCAGCUGUGGUUCAUGUUCAAGAAGUAUCGUUAUCGUCGUUAA